AUGGAUUUUGGUGGCCAAUGGGAUGAUCAAUUACCAUUUGUGGAGUUUGCUUACAGUAAUAACUAUCAUUUUAGAAUUGGUAUGACACCUUAUGAGGCUCUUUAUGGAAGAAAAUACAGAUCCCCUUGUAAGAGUUAUGCAGACCCUAAAAGGGAAGAUGUGAAGUUCAUAGUGAGAGAUUAUGUAUUUUUGAAGGUCUCUACUAUGAAGGGUGUAAUGAGGCUCAAAAAGAAAGGUAAGUCGGUACCUCAAUAUGUGGGUCCUUUGGAAAUCAAAGGCAAAAUUGGGGUAGUUGCUUAUCGAUUAGAGCUACCAUCAGAGUUCUCAUAUCUGGUGUUUCACAUUUCGAUGUUGAGGAAGUACAUAUCUGAUCCAUCACAAAUAUUACAACUAGAGCCAGUAGAAAUUAAUGAGAACCUAUUUUAUGAGGAGCAGCCUGUAGCUAUAAUGGAUCAUUAG